CUGAAAUUUCCAGCUUCCAUAAUUCUAUUUAUUUAAUUUUAAUUUUAAUAUUUUUUUUUCUUGGGUUUCUUGGUAUUGGAUUGGGCGAUCGAGAUCUUUGCGUUUGUCAGUUUGUCACAUCCCUUUGAUUCUUGACGUGCGUUGGUGAACGUGAAAGGGUCAGAGACCAUUAACUGGGUGUGCAGAGUAAAAGGCCUUCCCUAAUAAUAGGGGACCCCCAAAACCUCAGCCUCCACGUCACCUUCUGUCACCGUACCCCCCUCUAUUCAUAUUUAGAGCUCCAUAGAGCAUAAGCAUACCCUUCAUUAAAGUUUCAUUUUGCACCUUAAACACCCAAAAACAGAGCAACCCAACAAAAAACAGAGCAAAUCAACAAAAGGGUUCUUAUAAAUUUGGAGUCUUGAGAUCACAUUCGAGAUGGGUAAUUGCCAAGCGGCGGAGGCGGCGACGGUGCUGAUUCAGCACCCGGGAGGCAACAAGGUCGAGAGAAUUUACUGGUCUGUGAGCGCCCAUGAGGUCAUGACUUCCAACCCAGGCCACUACGUGGCUCUUCUCAUCGCCUCUCCCACCAUGAAGUCUGAGAAUGGGGCCUCUGUGAAGCAGCUCAAGCUUCUCAGACCAGACGACACUCUGCUUAUUGGACAGGUUUAUCGCCUCAUAAGUUUCGAAGAUGUGUUGAAGGAGUUUGCGGCUAAAAAGUCUGUGAAGCUGGGGAAAUUGCUGAAGGAUACAGGCGGCCCUGGCCUGGAAAUGAGGAUGAAAGACUUGGGUGGUCCGAAUCCAAAUCCAAAUUUGAAGUCCGAGAACCACAACUCCAUCAAGAUGGAGCGUGUGAGAAGCAAUGGUGGCAGCAGUAGCACAAGCAGCAGCUUCAGAAAUGUGGCAAGGAAUCAUGGAGGUGGAGGUGGAGGUGGAGGUGGUGGUGUUGGGGGGCAAUGGAGGCCAGCCUUGCAGAGCAUUGCAGAGAUUGGAACUUGAAAUAUAUAUACGCACCACAUGUACGAUCAUGAAUCAUGAUCUCAUCAGAGCCCUUGAUUUCUCUGCAUGUCAAUCUCUCUCCCACCAAUAAAUUCGAAAAACCAUCAGAGCAGCGCAGCAGCUCUUUUCAGUACCUUCAUAUUCUCUUUUGCUUUUUUAGACAAUAGGCCUUUGCUAGCUAUAGUCCGAUAGGGUUCCAGUGUUUGAUGUAUGUAACUCGUUCAACUUGGACACGUAUACGACUCUUGCAGAUUAGAUUAACCCUUUGCUUUAA